AUGUCACUCCCUGUACAAAUGCAGAUUCGCCGCAACGCGGAGGAGUUGCGCGCGUAUUUGUCGGAUUUGCUCGAAUGGGAAGAGAGCUUUGCUGAGGCGGAGACGACAUGUAAAGAAACAGAAAAAAGGGAAGAACUGCUGGGGUCAGCACCGGAAGCAGCAGAGAGCAGCAAGCCCCAGCAGCCUCCUCUGCAGCAGCAAGACCGCGAAGGGCAGCAACAGCAGCAGCAGCAGCAGCAGCAGCAAGAGGAGCAUGCAUCUUCGGAUGUAUCGGCACCGUCUGCAGCAACAAGCAGACGGAAGUUUGCGCGCGAUUUGAAUUCGAUUGCGGACUACUACAAGGCCUGGGAUGCCUUUGACCCCGACGCAGAAACAGAUCAAGAAGGAGAGAAACAGAGAAAGCAAAAGCCAAGAGCAACGAAGCCAAAGAGAACUCCUCACGCAGUAGCCCGUGGGGGUCCGUCGAGCCGCAAGCCAUCAAAAGUAUCUAUUGUGGGCGUUUCGCCGCUAGUAGGGGGUGGGGGGGACUUCGGGCCCCUGGAGGAGCUGAGGCUGAUGAAAGAAGAAGCAAAUGAAGCGUUCAAAGAGGGGCAGUUCGAAGCAGCAAUCAGCGGAUACACCCGGGCAAUAAAGGAAGCAGAAAUACGCCUUAAACCACUGAAGAGGUACAGCAGCUGCGUCGACGACUGCACUGCUGCUCUCCAGCGAAUUCCCCUCAACCCCAAAACCCUUCACCGCAGGGGGUUGGCCUGGGCUGCCCUCAAGGAAACAGAAACAGCAAUCAGUGACCUCAGUCAGGCACUGCAACUCCUGAAACAGCAACAGCAGCAAGAACAGCAGCAGCAACACCAACAAGAGCAGCAGAAACACGAGCAGCAACAGCAGCGAGGAGAAGACGCCAGCGAACAAACCCAUCACGAACAAAAGCAGCAGGAACUGGCGCAGCAGCAGCAGCAGCAGCAGCAGCAGCAGCAGGAGGUAGCGGAUGGUGUUUCUGGUUUUAGUUUGCCUGCUGCGGGUUCUCGUUUGUCGUUGAUUCGGCGAAUUGAGUUGGAGAUGCAGCGGCUGCAGGAGAAAGCAGCAGAACAAAAACGCGAGGAGCAGCAAAAGAGAAAGGCGAUGCUGCUGCUGCCCCUGACCACAGACUGCGGCCGCUUCCCUGCUGAGCACCUCAGGCCACUCACCGUCGUUGCUGCUGCGGCGCCGCGUGCGAGACAAGCAGCAGUCUAA